AUGGCCGGUUUUGUUCGGAAAAUAAAUCGAANCCAAAAUUUAAUUACACCACGUAUUUGUGAAUUUGAUUCGAACAUGAAUAUUUCUGAUGAAAUUGAUUUACGUUCAUUAGGAACAUUACUACCAAUACGUAUGCAAGGAAAUUGUGCAUCAAGUUGGGCAUUUGCUGCUAUUGCUUCAUUUGAAUCAGCAAGAAUUGCUGGAAAUUAUUAUUCAGUAGAUCUUUCUGAACAAGAACUAAUUGAUUGUGCAUCACAGAAUGGUUGUUCGGGUGAUAAUGUUCAACGCGGUUUAAAUGAUUUAAAAUUUGGUUUUUAUUAUAUGGAUCGAUAUGGUGUUGUCGCCGAAUAUGAUUAUCCAUAUGUUGAACAUGAACAAUCAUGUCCACGAUUACUAGGAGUAGGACGUUAUAUGACUUUGACUUAUUGUCAAAUUGAGCCACAAAAUCCAUUGAAAAUUCGUCAAGCAUUAACAAAAACACAUACAGCUAUUGCUACAAUUAUUGCUAUUAAAGAUUUGAAAUCUUUUCAACAUUAUGAUGGCCGUACAAUUAUUCGCGAUGAUAAUUAUUCUGAUCAACAACAACAAGUAACAUAUCAUGCAAUCAAUAUUGUUGGUUAUGGUAAUUUUCAAGGUUUAGAUUAUUGGAUCAUUCGAAAUAAUUGGGAUAUUACAUGGGGUGAUAAAGGUUAUGGUUAUAUUGCUGCUAACAAAAAUCUAAUGCAAAUUGAACAAUAUCCAUUUGUUGCUUAUGGUUAUUGUUGUAGUUUUAUUAGACCUUAG